AUAUGAACGCAUUUAAUUUGCUAACAUUCCCAAAUGUUUGUCGAGCAUGUCUGCAAUCGGUACAUCCUGAUCAGACGAUCCCGAUCAACACGUACCGUCCGCUACUGGAAGCUACAAUCGCCACAUUCCUGCAGGAUAUCUCAUUGAAGCUGCCGGCCACUCUUUUACCAUUCCUACCCGAUUCCGUGUGCAUCGCAUGCCUAGAGGUAAUGGAAUUCUUUAGCAAAUAUAGGCGAAAAAUGAAGCACCUUCACGAGUUUCUGGCCGCCCUGGUGCAAGUGAAGCUGGGAGAUGAAAAGCCAUUGCGAGAGCUGUUCGAAAACCGUACCGAACAGCUGAACAUACUGUUUCGGGAUUUGGAUUUGUGCAACAAAACAGGUGUCGGAGUGGAAGAAUUGUUGGGUGAGUAUGAACAGUACGCGAUCGCUUCCAUGGACACGGUGGAAAUUGCACCGGAAGAACCGAUGGAGGAACAGUACCUGUUUUACUGCUGCGAGGCAGAAAGUGAAGCAGCAACACAAUCGGAAUCAGACGAAAUAAGGCAGCGAUCGAAGAACUUAAAAAUUGAGCCCGAACCGGGAGCCGGGAAUGAUAGUGAGGUGGAGAAAUUAACAGCCCUAGCUGGCAGUGGGACGACGGAAAAGCAGCACCAGGAUAAGCAAUCAAGCAAUUUACUUCGGAAACAGUUCCAGUGCGAACAUUGUCCGUACAAAACCAUUUUUACCGUUGCGUAUACAAUCCACAUGAAAAAGCACGAACAGAACGAGGGCAAAUAUGGGUACGCGUGCAACAAUCCGUACUGCUUGCAGUUGUUCGAUACGGCUCAGGAACUGAAGCUGCACAAGCGUGGCAAUCCGCACAAGCAGUACGAGUGUGAUAUUUGUGGCGCCGAGCUAAAGCAUCGCAUAUCGCUCGAGGUGCAUCUGGAGCGGCACGUCGGCAUUACACACUUCCAGUGCACGUACUGUACAUCGUCGUUUCACACGAAAACGGAACUGCAAAGUCAUAUCGCAGCCAUCCACAUUAGCGAGGUACGGGCAGAGUGUGAACAGUGUGGUGCUGUAUUUACCAGCAAUAAGCUACUGCGCCAGCACAUGGAAUCACACAACACGGUGCGGAACUAUAAGUGUGUGGAGUGUGGGCGAUCGUUUAAAUCGCAACACCAAUUAAAUCGCCACUUUAAGGUACAUUCCGAUAUGAGGUAUCAGUGUGAGCAUUGUGAAAUUUCGUACACCAGGCGGGAUAAGCUACGGAUGCACGUGGAAAAGGCGCACAAGAUACAAACAUACUUUGUCUGCGAUAUCUGUCUCCGUUCGUUCGAUAAUGAUGAAGCGCUGCAGCAGCACCAUGCGCGACACCAAAACCCAAGCGAGCUCGAGUGUGGAAUCUGUUUGCUGGUGUGCCUGACGGAGGAAAGCUUCAACAAACACACCUGCAUUACGUACCAGGAUAACUAUAUUUGCUGUGGACACGAUUUUAAGCAUCACACCGUGUACAACAAGCACAUGAUGCGUCACGGCAUGAAGGUGAAUGCACGUGUGAAACCAAAAACGGGCGUACUGCUGGGAGCGCAAAGAGCUUCCAAAAAAGCAAAAGAAGAACGAUCGUUUGUGUUUAUACUGGACGAUAACUCCACCGAGGAGGAAGCGAUUACACCGCGAAAGUAUGCUUGCUUGGAGUGUGGCAAGAGCUUCAACACGAUCCGUAAACGAAAUUCGCACAAAUGUGCCGUACUAGAAGUGAUGGACGACGAGGAUGUGGACAGUACAGUCGUACCGGAAGGUAUCAAAGAAUUUGAACCCAUUUUCUAA